AUGGUGGUAGCGGCUGGAGGCGGUGCCGACGGGAAGGACGAGGACGAGCUCUCUCCUGAGGAUGCGGCCGCGUGGGCGGAUUCCUGUCUGGCCAAGGAUGAUCGCGCUGGCGCCGAGGAUGAUGAACUGAAGAACUUGUCGGACGACAGGUGGGCCGUCCUCACGGAGGCGUUCAUCACCGCGCUCGCUUCCCUCUCCGGGGCGGCUCCCACUGUUCCGGACGACCAGAACCAGAGUGUGGACAAGUCCUCCGACGUCGAUUAUCAGGGAUCGACGGGAAUCGAUGCUUCGGGAGGCGAAUUGAUAUCAUCAAUCGCCGCGGCCGCCCCCGAUUAUGCAGGCACUCUCUCCGACCACCCGUUCCCCGGCGGCCUCGGUGGUGCGGUGGCUUCUUCUUCGAACACCGCCGCAGGGAUCGAGGAGAUUGGGGGAGAAAGCGGUGCACGCCUGAGUGUCGAGGCGGUGGUUAUUGGCAGCGAGUUCCCCGAGCAACCGGUGGACUAUGGAGACGACGACGGCGACGAAUUCUCCGUCUCCCUCGGCGGGGAGGAGGGGGCGGAAGUGGACCUGGCUAAAGAUAUCUUCAAGGUCUGGGACCUUAGGAUUCCAGGCGAGGCGGCGGAGGAGGAAGAGGAGGAAGAUGAGCUGAGCUCCAUGCUAAAGAAUGCGCUGGAGCAGAGCUCCGCGGACGUCUCGCCGGCGGCGGCAGAUCCGGGCGGCGAUCAACACCUUCCGGACACCGACAAUAUGGAGCAGGAGAGCCUGCAGGAGGCGGACGCAGCAGUGGUGGACGAUCUGAAUCUGGGAGAGCUCAUCUCCGCCAUCGGCGACCUCUCGCUCCGCCGGCCGGCGACUGGCGGCGAGUAG